AUGAACCGAGGAGACAAGGAGUGGACGGAAGUCCAGCAAAGGAAGGGACCAACACAUUCAGGCAACGAGAGCGAUGUCAACAGGAACGAGAUCAAAAAAGCGUUUGCAAGGCAUGGAACAGUAUCGGAUGUGUUCUUUCCAGGAAAGAAAGGAAGGAAUGGUUCGUACUACCUAUUUAUUAGAUACCUGGGGGUUAAAGAUACUCACAAGUUGGAAAAGGCAAUUGAUGGUACCAUAUACAGGGGGAGAAAGCUAUCGGUUAACCUGGAUAAGUAUCGGCGCAAAGAAAAUACGUGUGCUCAAGCUCCACGCUCAGGUCGUAACAAUGGCGGAACCACUGCCAACCAAACUCCUGGAUUCAGAGAUAGAAGAAAUUUUGCAGAAGUUGUAAGACCCAUACCUCCUUCUCAACCGACAUCAUCCAUGCAAAAGCCAACCAUUAUUCUCCAACCCGAUCCUGAGACGGACUCCAGACUUAGGAAGUCCACACUAGUUGGUGAAGCUCUAUCAUUAGCACACCUAGGGCACAUGAAAUCUCUUCUAUCCAUCAAAGAGAUCCCGAACUUCGAGAUCAAGUACAUUGGCGGUCAUAAGGUACUUCUUGUCUUCGAUCACUCAGUCGGGGCCAAAGAAUUCAUGGAGAACUGUGACAGAUGGAAAGAAUACAUGAAGUGGGUAAAACUAGAUGCGGUGGCUGACUCGAUGAAAUACGAUAGAGUAGCAUGGAUCAGAAUAGUGGGGCUCCCCUUACGAUACUGGGGGGAGAAGAAUUUUUUAGCCAUCACAGCCCCAUUUGGUGAAACCAUUGCUCCAUAUGAUGAUCUUCCAAAUCGAGUGGACAUGUCAUGUGUCAAAAUUGGAAUUCUAACUGAGAUCAGGAAAAGCAUAAAUGAUGAAAUUAUGAUUUCAAUCGAUGGCGAACUAACCAAGAUCGGAAUUAUUGAGUUCGACGAAGACUAUUUUCCAUUUCGUUUCAACUCUGUAACAAACCCAUACGAAUCGGAAGAUGAAAAUGAUGAGACGGAGGACGGAGUGUCAGACACCUGGAUGCAAGAUGAAAAGGAUGAAGCUCUAGAAGACGGUGAAAUUGAUAUGCGAACAGAAAAUAUCGAGACAAUGUUUUGUAAUGAGACCGUCGGCAUCGGUGGUGUCGACGACGACCGAAGAACCGAAAGAAUACAAAACUCCGGUGGAGAAGAUCCGGCAGGAGUAACCCAUACGACGUACGCAACCCCUCCCCACAUGCUUGCAGUUGAAUCGUCGCCUAGGGAAGUCGCCCACAUAAAACCUAACGGUAAAGGAAUUUUGGGAAACUCCCCUAAUAAAUAUGUUGGGUCAACAGAAGCCAAUAAACAAAAAAAUCAAAAUGGGGCCACCAUUACUAGCUGGUGCGAUGUACCUAACAGACUACCUAAUGUUGGAUGUUUCAGACCUUUUCCAUCCAAUUAA